CCAGUUCAGUUGUGAAAUUGUCCUCAAGCUGCAAGGUUCUUCAUAGGGUCUGGAAAAUGUUGAAGUUGGACACCAAAGGGGGCAUCAUCUGCACAGGCAUCUUGUCCAUAGCCUUUGCCAUAACAUACUUGGCUUUGAUGGAUGACUAUUUUUGGAGGAAUGGCCUUUACGAACUGGGGAUACACAUUUCUGCCUUGCAUAUAUUAUGCAGCUUGUGCCUUCUGAUAGGAGUUUAUAAGCAUAAAUACAAACUCUUUGUGCCAUGGAUGAUUUCCACUGGAUUCUUUAUGUAUCUCAUGGUUUAUGUGGGCAUUGUUGUGUUAACCAAUGCCGGAGCGUGGAUCUUCGUUCCCAUUAUGGUGGUUCCUUUUACCGCUUACCUCGGGUGCGCUUUGUACUCCGUGCAAAAGGCUUUCGACAGGAUGCGGAAGGAAGAGCCACCAUCCUAUUCCGAUCUGUCCAAAAAGGAAUUUAUCAAUCAUAUAUAGGCUUUUGUGCGUGUUUUCCUAACAAAAGAUUAUAAAAAGAACACUGGUUUUAGAAAAGCAGUUGUUGAUAAGAUUAGUAAAAAAUAAAAGCUUUUUAAUCAUUAAUCGGGCACAAACUUAAA